AUGGUUCGGAUCAUCGCAAAAAGGGAGGGUGACACUGAGACCACGGAAGAUCCCGCUAAAAGGACACGACUCGAUGACGCCGACCCUGGAAUCGUCUUUUCUCCUGGCCCUUCCCCGUAUCAGAAUCAGCAACAGUCUUCGUGGACUGUCGUCCGAAACUCUGUGGCCUUCAACGGCUCAGCCGUCACCACAAAUCGCACCGAUGCGCUCCUCAGCUUCACAUUCCCCGGCGACUCUCUGACUCUUGGUCUACUUUACAAGGCGAGCGGCACAAAGUUCCAAGUUAAACUCGAGAACGGCACCUCUUCCUACUUUGAAGUGACUGCCGCUGAGGCGACCGCUUCGGCUCCCUACGGCGACAAACAAGCUUUUCAAAAGACGAUCUUCCACCUCACAGGACUCUCAUGUACAAACCACACAGCAACCUUAAGUCCAUUGCCAUUGUCGGAAGGUAAAGGAGGCGAUGCCAACGAAAUUUCGCUCUUCUUCGAUUGGUUCAGCUUUCCUUCAUCUGACCAACUCAGAUCUUGUAGUGCGAACAGCAACCAUUUUUCAGCUACUUCUGUGCCUACUGAUGGCUCGAAUCUCGCACCGAAUGACGGCGUAAUUAACAGACCGCCACCAUCUACAACACAUGACCCGAACACAAUGUAUGCCGGCAUCGGAGUUGGAGCGGCCGUGCUUGGGUUCACCUUUGCUCUGCUCGUGGUCCGACUCUUGCGCCGUCGGCAGCAUCGUCAGCCGCUUUUGACUGAUCCGAUCGAUCGUUCCUACAGACCCACUCGAAAGCAUACAAGUGACGAAACGGUCAAUCUGCCGUUGACUGUGUCAAAUCAUUCAGCACUGUUGACACAUGAGCCUGAGCCUGUCUUCAGGCCUAGAGGCAUCCAUGCAUUUGCACAGAACGCUUCUCUUGCUGAAGGUCACAAUGUCACUCGACCAGGCACCAUGGAAAGUGCGUCAGCAAUCACCAUGUCUCCGCUUAUGCCCAUUCCAUCUGCGAGUUAUCCCAGACAAUCCGAGGAUGUAGGCUUCAGUAUCGGCAGCGCGCUGACGGGCCUCCAGAAUAGCCCUGCCAACGCAACGGCGGAUUGGCGGAACAGUGGAAGCAAGCUGCAAUUCGUGAAUCCAAGAGCGUCCCCGCUUUCGCCUGUGGAGUCUCGUUCGCAUGUAGACAGUUCGUCGACGCUUGUCGAUGCAUAUGCGAUACAGCGCAUGUCGAACAGCAUACCGGCAUUGAACACGGCUCCUGCCACUAAUUUUGGCAAAACGAAAGCGUCAUCGCCUUACAAAUUGCCACGUCGCCCAAAAACAGCCUCAGCCGCCGACCGUCUACGCCAACAAGCUAGCCAGCUCGACGUUCAGCGUCCUCUGUCUCCCUUUGACCGCACAGGCACCACCACUAUCUCCGGUGUGAUGCGCGGCCAACACGCGAUACUCCAGCCCCGCCUCGCCACCGCGCCAGCCAGCUCGUCUAAGAACAAAUUUCGACGCAACUCGAUCGGCUCGGGCGACACGCACUGGUCAGCCGCUUCUGCUGAAGCAUCCGCUUUAGAGAGCCACAAGGAGAGAGAGUGUUGCAAAACCCAGUUGGACAUACCCAAUAUCGAAAAGACCACGGACAGCGAGGCGGAGAUGUGGAUCAGCAAAGCCAAGAUCCUAGAACAAAGGAGAAGGAGGAGAAACUCGAUGGGUGGUACGAGCAAUGUGCCCAAACGACCGCCGAAAUCGCCUCAGAGGCCAUCAACAAGUCAUGCUGCCUUGGAGAUCCCAUCAUACCAGCCUUUUACGAUCGGUUGA